AUGAACGGCUUCCAGCAGCAGCAGCGCUACAACCGCGACCAGCAGGAGGCCGACCUUGAUGAGGUCCUCGUCGGCGCACGCCAUCUCAACAACCAUGCCAAGGCCAUCAACGGCGAAGUCAUCUCGCAGAACCACCUCAUCGACAACCUUGGCGACGACGUCGACGCGGGCGCGGCCGAGCUGCGCUUCCAGGCCGAGAAGGCCGCGCUUAUCAACGCCCAAAAGAAGAAGAUGUGCUGGUACUAUGGUAUUAUUGCGAUCCUGAUCGUGAUCCUCAUCGUCUUAUACGCAGUGCCGCUGUAA